GGCUCACGCAAUCACUCUGUGUUUUCCCUUAGGAGACAAAAUAACAUAUUGCGAGAUGGCAAAUAAGAGAGUCAUGGAAGUGAUCAACUCUGCCAGGACACGACAAGAAUUCCUCCAUGCACAGACUUUCCACAGCAGCCAGGGAGAAGAUCACUGCUUCUCCCAGCAAGACCUAUAUGCGAGUGGGGACGUGAAACCGAAGCCAGACACGUGGGUUUAUCCACUAAUCCAGAUGAAGCCCUUUGGGAUUCAGAUAGAUGAGAUGGUCACAGAGACACUACUGACAGAGGCAGAGCGGGGUGCCAGGGUGUACCUCACUACCGGCUACUUCAACCUGACUCAAGCCUACAUGGAUUUAAUUCUUGGCACCAGGGCGGAGUAUCAGAUUCUGCUGGCUUCGCCAGAGGUGAAUGGGUUCUUUGGUGCCAAAGGGGUGGCUGGUGCCAUUCCUGCUGCCUAUGUUUACAUUGAGCACCAGUUUUACAAUGAAGUGUGCUGCCUUGGCCAGCAAGAGAGGGUCAGACUGCAGGAGUACUUCAGGAAUGGAUGGACGUUCCACGCUAAAGGCCUCUGGCUGUACCUAGCAGGAAGCAGUCUGCCCUGCCUAACCCUGAUUGGCUCUCCUAAUUUUGGAUACAGGUCAGUUCAUCGGGACUUGGAAGCUCAGGUUGCAAUUGUGACGGAAAAUAGAGACCUGCAACACCAGCUCCAUCAGCUGGGCUUUUCCUAAUGAG